GUGCACUCUGCUUUUUUAGUUGUUCUACAACAUGCUUGGACCAUCGUUGCUUUUUUUUCUUUUCGUUGGCUUUGCUAAUGGCAGUAAAUCAUGUGACCGGAAGGAGAUGGAAGAUACAAUUUGCAGUCUCUGUGGACAAAGGAAAGGAACUCAACUUACAAGAGGGAGUGGUAAGCAAAUUGCCUUUUAUGCCUAUAUAUCCAGUAACAUUCAAGGGAAGACACUAUCCAAGCACAAAAUUUUCGUUUAUGAUCGCGUUGAGACGAACAUUGGUAACGGAUAUGACGCCACGUCGGGAAAGUUCACAGCUCCAGAGAGAGGGGUAUACGUCAUACACACAACUACUUUUUCUUACAAUAGAUCAUGCAGUGUUAUAGAAUUAGUAAAAAAUGGAGUCGUUAAAGACGUUGCAUAUGCUGACUCGGGAAAUCACGAUGAUGCAGCCUCAGCUUCUACACUGACAAUUUUGAAUUUGAAGAAAGGAGAUGUAAUAAACACCAGAGUUGGAGUGAGGUAUGGUGGAUCAUACCUACCGAGCAACGACUUUGCCCGAAUAAGUUUCUCUGGAUUUAAACUCAUGUGAAAUGAAUGAUCUGGAAUA